CACGAUGGAGCCAAAAUGAUUCAGUACCGAGUUGGCUUUCGAGUAGGCAGGACCCUCUACCAAGAGAGGAAGAUGGGGUAUCUCAGGUGUCUGAUAUUUCAAUUCAUCUUCCUCCUGACCGUUUGCUCGAUCCGGGGAGGCGCCGCGUUUGAUUUUCGCACUCUAUCCUUCGCUCUGGCCCAGUACCGGCAAAUUAUGAGCGGCCCUGAAGGACUGGUUUUUGACAUGCCGACCAGCUUGUUGAGCGCCGAGUAUGACUUCAUCGUCGUCGGCGCCGGCUCCGCAGGCAGCGUUGUCGCCAACCGACUAACAGAGAUGCCGGAAUUCAAGACUUUGCUACUCGAGGCGGGAAAAGACGAAAUCAUGCUGUCCGACAUGCCCGUUUUCGCCGCCCACUUCCAGCUGACCGACUACAACUGGGGUUACCGGACGCAGCCCCAAAAAGGGGCGUGCUUGGGGUUGAAUGACCAGCGCUGCGUGUGGCCCAGGGGCAAGGGCAUGGGAGGUAGCAGCAUCAUCAACUACAUGAUUUACACGAGGGGCCAUCCCAGGGACUACGACGGCUGGGAGGAAAUGGGCAACCCUGGCUGGGGCUGGAAGGAUGUAUACAAGUACUUCCUGAAGUCGGAGAACGCCAGAGGGGAUUUGACGGGCUCCCCGCAUCACUCGACCGGAGGAUACCUGGACGUUGAAAUAAUCAGAUACAGGACGCCACUGGUUGACGCUUUCAUCAAGAGCUCAGAAGAAAUGGGACACAAACAGAUCGACUACAACUCUGGCGAGCUGAUGGGAUUCUCAUAUUUGCAGGUGAACCAACGCGAGGGCCGUCGGUGCAGCGCCAGCAAAGCGUUUAUCCGGCCCAUUCGCCACCGGCCCAACCUUCACGUCGCGAAAGAAGCGCAGGUGACGAGGGUGAUAAUUGAUGCGGUAACAAAGCGCGCCAUGGGCAUCGAAUUUGUACGCAAUAACCGCUGGCAUUUCGUUCGUGCGCGUAAGGAAGUGAUCCUGAGCGCUGGCGUGAUCGACACGCCGAAGCUGCUGAUGCUGUCUGGCAUCGGACCCCGCGAGCACCUGGAAUCGCUCAACAUUCCUGUGGUGGCAGAGCUGCCUGGCGUCGGUCAGAAUCUGCAGGACCACGUGACUACGACCUCGAUCCUCUUCCGCAUCAACGAAACGGUCGGUUUGAAGGAGGAGCGGCUGACGCAGGUAGGGCCGUUUGCUAAGUGGCUCGACGAAGGCCGGGGCCCUAUCACCAUCUCCGGAGGCGUCGAGGGCAUUGGCUACAUUCGGACGCCGAUCUCGAGAACCGCCACCGACUACCCGGACAUCGAACUCAUGUUCAUCUCGAGCGGCCUGAACGCGGACAAGGGCCGGGUGGUGCGCAAGAGCAUGGGCGUGUCCGACGCCGUGUACAACGCCGUGUUCAAGCCGAUCGAUGAUGUGGACGCGUGGAGCGUGUGGCCGAUGCAGCUGCGGCCCAGCAGCAGAGGCUGGGUCAAGCUGAAAAGCAAAAAUCCGUUCGCCUGGCCCAUCAUGUCCGGCAACUACUUCGACGACCCUCACGACCUUGACAUAAUCGUCGAGGGUAUCAAGUUCGUCAUUGAAAUGAGUAAGUCAGCUGCUUUCCAAAAGUACAACAGCACCGUGCACGACAUCCCCGUGCCGGGAUGCGCGCAUCUAAUAUUCGGCACCGACGAUUACUGGCGGUGUGCUGUGCGGCACUUGACGCAGAACGUGUAUCAUCAGUGCGGCACCGCCAAAAUGGGCCCCGCCAGCGAUCCAGAGGCGGUCGUCGAUCCUCAGCUCAGGGUGCAUGGGAUUAACGGACUCAGGGUGGUCGACGCGUCGAUCAUCCCGCGCAUUCCUGCGGCGCACACCAAUUCGGUUUGCACCAUGAUCGCCGAAAAGGCGGGGGACAUGAUCAAAAGUGACUACAAGAAGUGAUAUUAAAUUAUUCCGAUUUAACCCGUUUGCGCGAGAAAUAGUGGAAUGAUAAAUGCAGCUAAUAUAAUGCCUCGACUUAUGGUUAAUGAUGUAACAAAAAAUGUUUUCACCUGCAAGGGCGAGAAUAUACCAAAAUGAUAAACAUCGCAUGCAUUUACAUGUUAACAUAUCACAUUAAUUAUUGCUCGAACUUUUGUUCAGUCUCGAGGCUGUUGUAAGAAACUGUUAACUUUUAACAGAAUCUAAGUAUGGGAUCUCUUUAUAGGAAGAAAAAUGUUCAAGUACAGAAAAGGAGAAAAGAAUCAAAAAUUAUUAUUAAUAUCAAAAUCUGUUUCUAAACGAGAAUCAGGCCCAAAUAAAAAAUGCAUCUCAUUUUCCAAUAUUCCCAAUUAAGAAGGAAAAUAUACAACAGCUCUCGAUUGUUAUUAAAGUUCAUUUUUCUUAACUGGUUUCAUAUCAUUUAUACUUCCAUUUUCCUAGUUUUUCUACGUUAUAUGCUACUAUAUAAUUACUCUGAUAAACUACCACAGAGAGCAGACCGCACGUUUUCCCCGUUUAGCUGAAGCAACAAGCUGCGUUGCCAUUUCCAUACCGGGGGGCUAAACUUUGUCCUUUUGCACGUAAAACAUACACAGCACACACUCCCCCUGACAAAACGACCCUUUUUAAUUUGCCGUGCGCCGCCACGUGAGGGCAAUUCAUCAUAAAAACGCUGCACUUGACACGAAGCGAGCGGCGAGCUGGCGAGACCUAAAUUUGGCGCAGGCGGGCCAGGCGGGCGGCGCCGAAAAAGAGUCGAUUUUUAUUAUAUCACCUGGCCAAUGGCUCAGAACGGAUUACCACUAAGGGGAUGUUGGCCGCCCGCUCUGGGCUGAAUGCAGAGCGCGCGUUGCUUGAAUAAAGACCACUGAUGAUGUCGAGGGGACGCGCCCGCGUCCUAAUAAAAGAUGAAUCAAGCUGAUAGAUCACGCACAUGCGAGGCUUCGACGAUAAACGACGCGAAUGGAGAGUUUAAACAGUAGACUAAGUCAACGCAUGAUGUUUGCAUAAAAAUAGAAGGAGAUUGUGUGGCUCCUCUUUUCAAGAAGAUAAAUCAGACUGGAUUUACAUUUUUUUAAUAUUUAUCGCAUUAACAUUUCAGCAGGCCUCGAGGCUUCAGGUGGAUCACAAAAUAUUUUGUUUCCAAAUCAUACACAUGUUUUGGGUUGUUCUGAUAAGCGAUAUUAUAUUGUCUAUUAUGUUCAUUGUGAAAAAUUGCCUCCUAUGUUUUUAAUUUUUACUUUUUGUUGGUGUUUUAAGUAUAAAAUGUGUUAUGUAGACGACGUUAUUUUCAGAUCAAAGGAAAAUUUUGAAGACCGUCUUGCGGUUUUUAUUACUCAAGAAAAGGACGCGUAGAGAACAGCAGCUGGUCCUUCGGGCCAGAUAAUUACGAGAGAUAAACUUGCAGCACUGUUUCUUUCGUUGAAAUAAGGCAAUGAUAUUUGUUUCGGUUUUUUUAACCUCUGCACAGCACUUCCCGUGGGCUAUGAGCUCAGUGGGUCCCAAUAACACCGCCGAACGAAUAACAUGGGGCCCGAGUGGCCGCAGAGGAGCUUGAGCCCAAUGUAGCCAUUUUUUCGCUUCCUCGAACCGAGUUCUUUGAUUAAAAAGCCAGACAUUUGUCCCUGGAAAGACUAAACCAGUAAGUGGUGAGUCGGCGCCUGUGCGCCUCCCAACCCGUUGAGCUAUAUUUGAGCAUUUUGAGUCACUUAAUUAAGCACCAUUGGUUCAUACACAUACAACUCCGAAUUUAAAAAAUUGUAUAACCGUUUCAAAGUAUUUUAUAUCUAUAUCUGUUUCUUUAUUCAUGUACAUUACAUAGGUCGGAUUAAAUAAUUGCUAUAUCAGUUUUUAUGGCCGGAAAAUGCUGUGGAUAAUAUCGCAUUCAAAAUUCACCUUAAAAUAAAUAAAUACUUCCGUUUGUAGUUUUAGCUUUAAGAACUCUGGGAAUCAAUAUUGCCAAAAAGAUCAGAACCUCAAGAUGAUUCUGUUGAAUUCUAAUGGCAAUUUCAUAGUGAUAAAUGAUAUUCUUCUAUUUUCCAUGUACCAAUGGCAGUUUAACACCCAACACAUUGUUUCAAGGUCACGACUAACAGCGGCAUCUCGGCAUCUCUUGAUCAACACUGUGCGAAAUAUUUGCACGCCCCUUUUUUUCUUUGAAACAUUAAGGCAUUUAACAACAUUUCAAUGCUUCAAAGGCUAUAUUUCACGGCAUUUCUUUGCUUUUAGCACCAGCAAACAGCAUUUCACGAUGCAGCCCUUAGAGACCAAAGAAGAAAAACUUAAAAUCCGUGCGUGGCCGUGGAAUUGAAACGCAAUUAGCAAUGAGAGAUUUAAAGAGUCGCGCCGCCCGAGCGAAAUAUUCCUGAGUAUUUUUGGUCUUGGGUGUGCUGCUAUAUACUGAUAAAAAUUUAAUUCAUUUGCUUGCUUGCCUCUUUCCUCUGCAGCAGUCACUUUUGACGCAAGCAAAGAAACAUACGCGCGCGCCAGCAAGCGAGAAAAGCUGCUAUUCGAGCUGUAGGAGUGGCUCAAAACAAAGUGUAAAAAGCAAAUAAAAUAUUUUUACCUUCGAUUUUCCUCUUUUCCAGCAAGCAAAAAUAUUGACGCAGUAAUGCCAAAUAAUAAUGUCAUAAUAAUUUCAACUUGAAUCAAUAACAAACUCGCAUUGAAAUUCAGCCCGGCGCCUCCGGCAACGAAUGAAAUAUUCAGUGCAGUUUUUCCUCCUGGCCCCAGGCUGGCUGGAAAUCUAUUUGCAGUGUGCGCUUUUGGAGAACAACAGGGGUCCAUUGUCGUGGCGCAUGAUGAUAAUGGAAAACAAGUGGCAACCACUUAGGCUAGCUGUAAAAUGCAAGCGGCGAAAAAUUGUUUGGAAUCAUCGUCCGAAUGAUGACCAAACGGGGCGAACGCGUAAUUUUGUUUGAGUGUGCGACAAAUGAAGCCUCACGAGUGUCUUCUUCUUAAGACGAUGCGGUCGCCGUCUUGCGAGGGACAGUCAAAAUAACGAGAGACGAAUAAUAAGGUUUCGGGAUUAUUCAGUGUUAAAUAUAUUCAAAGGCACCACCGCAAAGCUUGCAAAAGGGUGUGCUUCAGAUAAUGGUGCACCUUGCAACCCCCUUUCAAGCAAAAUAAUAAUAAUAAAUUUAAUGAGAUGAAAAUUUAUUUUUAAAUUUCGUUUGAGUUUAAAUUAUUAAUUUUGAAUUCCUUUUAGUUACAAAGAGCCACCUAUGCACUUCCUCCCUUCGGUGUUAUCAAUUAAAACCCAGGUCAACCCUUUAAUGCAAUUCUUUCGUAUUGAUUAUAAGGACUCUGGCCAAAAACAACAAACAAAAAUGCGAGCGACCGUGCCGACAGGGCUGGCCAGCGUCGAAGACCCAGCCCUUGCUGCUCUCCGUGGUUCGCCGAGGGCACCACGCCCCCGUCGGCAGCCGAAAGGCACCCCGUCGGUGCGGACAGGCUGAGUCCGCAAGGGUGUUUUGCUGCAAUGUCACACGGACUCACCUGAUACGAUGAGAGCCUCGUUUGGUCCGACAGUAUAGAUAUUUCCCAUGGUUCUUGAUAUUCACGCACUGACACUCUCAACCGGUCACAGACGACUCAGCACCAUAAACGAUUGUGAAACGAAACUGCCCAAACCAAGGAAUUUAUAUGAAGGCUAGAACUCUUUCUAAACACGGCACUGUAGACGGGACGCAAGCAAGAAGACUACUUUAUAGGCGGCACGGCGGCGGCGCGAGGGGUAAACUGUAACCCCCGCCUCCUCGCUAUGUUGCGUUGCGUCAUUUUACCCCUAGCUCAGUGUGGGUGUUUUGUGUUUUGGUCGCAUUCUGCUUUUUCAAUAACAUAUUUUAUCUUUCGGUAGGGUUGACGAAAUUUUAUUAUCCGGAACGACGGUAGACGCUUUUAUUUUGUAUUUGCCGGUAAAAAUAAUAGCGUGUGCUUGCAAGACGUAGGACUCGCUUGGUUCUCUUCUCUGAUUAGUAAUAAACAUUGCUGCCAACCAUAACAUCCUUUCAAUUAAUUCAACAAUAUUGAUCCCAUUAUUAGACAUAAUACUAUCAUACCUCAAAAAAUUUGGAUAAUAUUAUUUGUAAUUUAUCCUAUUAUUCUCCAUUGAAGAUCUUAUAGCAUAAAAAACAAAUUUCACAAAAAAAUGAAUGAUUCACAAAGCCGCUAAAAUUUGUGGCACCCCUGCCGCAUCCAUUUGUCUCACAACAGUAUUGAGUCUUGUUUACUUCCCCGUCGUUUAAUUUACCCGUUUUUCGCUCUUUACCGUCGAGUGUUCUCGCUUGUUUCUUGAUAGAAACUCGCGUGAAACAGCCAAGAUCAG